AUGGUAAUAGAUAGUGAAAAAAGUUUGAUAUCACUACCGUUAUUUAUAAUAUUUGGUUUCAUUACAUUGUUUACAACAUUCUCAUUGUUGGAAGGAUUAGAAUCAAACGAUGAAUCAAACAAAAGAAAGCUUCAACAACUAUUGAAGCAACAACAACUACUACAACAGCAACAACAACAACAACAGAAUCAAAUCCCAUAUUUUUAUAGAUAUCUUAAUGUAAAUAAUAAUAAUAACAAUAGUAACAAUGAUAAUCAAUUACAAUUUGAACAAUUACAAAAACAAUAUUAUCAACAACAACAACAAUCACAAGAACAAAAUAAUCAACAACAACAACAACAAAAUAAAAAUGAAAGUUUUGUAUAUAAUCUAUUUAAAUCUAUAACAUCAUUAUUUAGUAAUUAUAAUAAUAAUCAGAAUAAAACAACUUUUAAUAAUUCAAAAGAUAUAUUUAAUAAUAGUAGAACCAAGAAUAAUACUAUUAGUAAUACAAAUAAUCAACAACAACAACAACAACAAAAAGUACAACAACCAGUUGUAACAAGUACAACAACUACAACAACUACAACACAAAUUACAUCGGUUCAACAGUUAAACUCGAGAAUCGUAGAGUUGGAAGAGAGGCUAGAGGAAGAGUUACAUCAUAGAGCCACUGAGAGAAAAGGAAGGUUGGUAGCGGAACAGGGUUUGCAAGACGAGAUGAAUCAUCUCAAUAUACUCUCAAAGAAACACAAGGAACUAGAGCAACAGCACAUCGGUCUUUGGAAAUUGUAUACACUCUCCAACAAACGAAAGAAAGCAUUGCAACUCUCGAUGGAUGACAUCAACAGUCAGCUGCUAACACUUAUGGAUCAAUUCCAACAUUCAUUGGCAGAGCAAUAUAUGGAUAGCAAAGAUAGUAUAGAGAGUAUAGAUGAUUCAGACAACAACAACGAUGAACAACAACCUAUCUCAAUGACCAUAGACAAGGAAUUCAUUGAGCGAUUCGAAACACUCGUGGAAUCGAUCAACAACUUAAAGUCACCGGAACAAGACGAUCCGCUACAAUCACAAGAAGAAGAUCUCUUCCUUCAAGUCACCAAACACUCUUCACAUAAAUCAACAAUGUUUGACAAUGAUAAUGAUAUUGUUAAAUUCACUGAUAUCUGUAGAUAA